GGCAUUGCUUUGCUUCUGUUGUAGGAAUGCAAGUGAGUUACCCGAGGUCUUCCAGCAGCUCCUGGACUUCCUAAAGAUGGACACCUGGAUGUGUGUGUACAUGAUAGUGGGAAUUCAGCUGUCCGGGAGCUUCGCGUAUGACGGUGUGCCGUGGUGCGCCCCGGUGAAAGUCAAACAUGGUCACGUCGGCUGCCAGACGCCACGUGGAGAGCGUUAUAAGAAUGUUCUGGGAGCACGGUGUAAGAUCCGCUGUAAGACGGGCUACGAGCUGCAUGGCAGUAGUGAGAUCGUCUGUAUGGCCAGCAAACAGUGGUCAGGAAACUACGCCUGCAGAGAGGUCCGCUGUCCUAAACUGAACAUGCCUGCUAAUGGAGGUUUCAAGUGUACAGACGGCUCCUACUUCAACUCGCGCUGCCAGUUUUUCUGCUCACCAGGAUACACACUCACAGGAGACCACAGUGCUACCUGCCAAAGCAGCAGAACAUGGAGCGGCGGCAACAGCGUGUGCAAUGAUGUGGAUCCUCCAGUUAUCAAGUGUCCUAAUGUAAAGGAGAAGACCGCUGAACCAGGGAAACUCACCGCCAAAGUCACAUGGGACACACCUGAGGGCAAAGAUGCAGCAGAUGGCAUCCUAACAGAUGUUAUUCUGAAAGGAAAGCCUCCAGGCUCAUACUUCCCAGAAGGGAAUCAUAAAUUAUCAUACACUGUGUUUGACCGUGCCGAGAACAAGGCGACCUGCAGAUUUAAUGUCAGAGUAAGAGUGCGUCGCUGUACCCCUCUCUCUGUCCCUGACAAUGGCUGGAUGAAGUGUGACAGUGCGGGUGAUAAUUACGGGGCCACGUGUGAAUUCCGCUGUCUGGGAGGAUACGAUCUGAAGGGCAGCGCUGCCAGAGUCUGCCAGUUUAACAUGGAGUGGUCCGGCCUGGAGACUUCAUGCACUCCCAUGAAUAUUAAUGUUGGAGUGCGGUCAGCAGCUGCAUUACUGGACCAGUUCUAUGAGAAACGCCGUCUCUUGAUAAUCUCUGCCCCCUCGGCUGCCAAUCACUACUACAGGUUCCAGAUGACUAAUUUACAGCAUGCGCAGUGUGGUCUGGACCUGAGGCACGUGACAGUGAUUGAGCUGGUUGGAGUUUAUCCUGCUCAGAUCGGCCGCAUCAGACACAGACUCAUCGCCCCAGGACUCGCUCUACAACUCAGGUUGCUACUGCAGUUGUCCCAGAACUCAUUCAGCAUGGUGCUCCUGGACAAACAGGGUGUGGAUAAGCAACGCUACACUUUCCCCAUCACAGCAGCUGAGAUCUUCACCACCAUCGACACGAUUCCCCUCCGCACCGAAGAGGCCGUGCUACAGAAAGAGGCUGGACAGAGCUGCUAGGUGUAGACAUUUACACUACACGCAUCCUUCUGUACUGGCUAUAAAGCUAAGCGAACUACAAGAGAGUCUGGAAAGAGCUGCUAUAUCCUGGCACACAUUGAAAACACACACACACACACACAUUUUUACAUCCGAAUGCAUGAGUGAGUCUCUGUUGUUUGUCUUUUUUAAUGAUGCUCUAUUUUAUUUGUCUGGUGUCUCUAUUUAUGUCAGAGUGGACGGUCUACUACCAAAGCAAUAUUAAUGUAAUAAAGGCCUGUUUGAUAAUUGAUAUUUGAGGGUGUGGAGCAGGAUUUUUUUAUUAUGCGUGUUUGAUAAAUAAAAGGCUCAAAG